AUGAAGCCCCUAAGGUCUCGAACUCUACAAACUCAAGGUACUUUAAAUGAUUUAUAUGAUGAGUUGGUGGAGCAUUCUAAGACUAAUAUAGAUGACUAUCGGGAUGAUAUUACUAGUAAAGUGAAGAUAGUUCCUAGUUUUAGAGGUGACAUCAAUCCACAAGUUUUCUCCAAUUGGUUAGUAGAACUAGAGGAAUACUUUGAUUGGUUUGAUAUGUCAGAUGAAAGAUGGGUUAGAUUUGCUAAACUUAAACUUGUAGACCAUGCAAAAGUAUGGUGGAGGAGUGUGGAGAAUAGAUUACAGAAUAUGGGUAAGAGUUCUAUCACCCGUUGGGAAGAUAUGAAGCAUUUCUUGGAAGAGAAAUAUUUGCCUAAUGACUUCCAAUAUGCUCUUCAUGAUGAGAUGAUGACAUUGAGGCAAUGCAGCUUAUCUAUGUCUGAGUACAUGCAGAAGUUUGAUGAGCUUACUAUUAGAUGUCAGUCUACAGAAAGUGAGAAGAAAAAAUUAGCCCGAUUUCGGAAUGGUUUAAGGGUUGAUAUUCAAAGGAAAAUGAUGACUGCACAAUUUUAUGAUGUAGAUGAUGUUUUUCAGAUGGCUCUUGAAGUGAAUAGUAGGAGGUUUGGUAUUCAAGCUGGGGAGGCAGUAGCACGUAAAAGUUUAGAUGAGGGUAGAGUCACUAGACCUACAUCAUCUCAUAAUGUGGUUCCAGUAAGGUCUAAUGGUUCCAAGUAUCAGGGUGCUGAUAACAAGGGGAAGAACAUCAUGAUUGAUGCUAAUAAAAGGGGAACAAUAGAAAAUACUUGUUUCAAGUGUGGUGGAAAGGGCCACUAUGCAUUUCAAUGCCCUAAUAAAAGUCUACAGAUAGGGUGUGAGAAGGAAGGACAAGUGGAAGAUGAUGAAGGAGGCAUUGGUGAAGAGGGGUACAUUGGGUCUGAACAUGAAGAAGAAGAUGACAGCAAUCUUGUUGGAGUGUUAGACGCAUUUUAG